CCCCUUUACCCCUCGUGAUCCCUGGCUCGGCUGAUUCGACUUGCAGUUUCAACUUCCCCAGCUUUGACCAUAGCUUUGACUGCUUCAAACACCAUGCUGACCAUUCCAAACCUAUCCGCGCUACUGGCCGUGGUAUUGCUAUGUGCUACGGUUCACGCAGGAGCUGACUGCUCAGGCUGCUCCGCGCCGCGGCGCUCGCUGCUGGGCCGCGUCUGGGGCGAGGUCGUGGACGCCGUGCGCGACCGCAUCGACGGCGGCAGCAGCCCGCAAUCGCCCCAGCCUCCGCAGCAGCCCGCAGCGGGCACCAGCAACACGCGCGGCCGCUCGUUCCGCGGUGCGUGGCAGCAGCCGCGUCAGGACCAGGCUGCGUCGCAGCAGCCUCAGCAGCAGCCCUCCGGCGGAGCCGCCCAGCAGCCCGACCAAGGUGCCUCAUCGCAGGGCACGGCCCCCGACUACAGCAACCUGUCUGCGUACGCCCAGCGCGCCCUGGACGCACACAACCAGCUCCGCUCCGCCCACUCCACUGCCCCACUGCGCUGGAACGCCUCCCUGGAGGCUAGCGCCGCCGCCUGGGCCGGCAACUGCCGCUUCGAGCACCAACAGGGCACCGGUGAGGGCGAGAACCUGGCCUGGGGCUAUUCCGACAUUGGCGCCGCCGUAUCAGAUUGGUACGCCGAGGGCGCCGCCGCCAACGGCGGCAGCGGCUACACCUACGGCGCCUCCCAGCCGGCCGACUGGCACGCGGUGGGCCACUUCACGCAGCUGCUGUGGGCCGCCACGUCUGACCUGGGCUGCGCCGCCGCGUCCUGCACCGGCACCGACGGCCAGCCGGCGGUGAUGCACGUCUGCAGGUACUACGUGCCGGGCAACGUGGAGGGCGAGUACGCCAACAACGUGCUGCCGCCCGCAAGCGUCCAGCAAACGCGCUAAACGAGAAGACGUGCCCGGUGUCAGCGGUGGCGCCGCAGAGGAUCCGUAGAGACGCGUGCAUGCAGUGUGCGAUUAGGUAGAGUUUGCAGAUGCAUUGAGAGACGUGUUCGUGGCUGCUGGGGGAAGAAUAAAUAUGUCAGGCAUUCGAUACCCUCAUGCCAGCAGCAUACACAUGGUGCACUCAUGCAAAAGCUAGGGGAGGUGGCCGGGGAGGUGCCCAGUGCUUGCAGGCUGCGGGUAUAUCAGGUCAUGGGGACGGCCUCACAAGUUUUACCAAGUGACUGAGACGUAACUGUGCUUUGACAAGUGCGUACCUGUAACAAUAAUCUGCA